UAGAUCAUGGAAUAGUAAAUUGUUUAACAAAAUAUGGAUAUCGAUGAGGAUAAUGGGUAUUCGUAUCCAGAAAACAUGGCAGAAGUUGAAGUUUUGAAAGGCCGUGUUGAUUUGAAUAAAACCAACUUUCAGUUGGAGGAUAAAGAUGUCGAUAGGCUCAAUUUUAUUCAAUGUGACGAGUUUAACGAAAAAGUCCGAUGGUCCAACCCGCAUCGGUUAGGCUUAUUUUACGACAAAUUUCUGGAAGCUUUUACAUUCCGGACUGUUUUUUACCGAGAAGCAACAUAUCCGUUUUUCGGUAUAUACCUGAACAUGCCUGGUCACAGUUAUACAACAAUAUACUCAAUAUUUCAAAUGUUUUGGUCCAUCAAGUUUUUCUUUGGAUUUUUAUCGGAUACAAAACCUAUCUUUGGCAAAGCGAGAAGCUACUACAUGGCAAUCGGCUGGACGAUAGCUGCUCUUGCCUUUGGUGUUUCUCUGUUGGUUCCAUAUCCUGAAUCUUAUUAUGCAGUGACUCAGUGCAGACUGAACACAUCUGUGGUACAGAAUUCAGACGCACCUGACAGUGGAUUCAUCUACGCACUGGCCAUUGGAUUGGCUGCCAUGGGAGUGGCCAUGGUCGACUGCUGCUCAGACGCUCUGUCCGUGGACUAUACGAAACGUGAGACGAGCAAACGUCGUGGUUGGACAAUAGUUGGAACAUUAAGCUGCACCAAUGUAGGAGCAGCUGCUCUAUACCUGAUGGUCGGCUUUGGUCUUAACAGUCCUGCCUACAGGGGAAGUUUCUGUGACUUGCCACUCACUUAUCAACAUGUUCUCAUGGUCUACUUAGCCACGUGUGUGUUGGGUCUUUUGAACUCUCUUCUGCUCACCUAUGACAUUCCUCUGAGUCGCGACAUGACGCAAGUGUCUAUUAAAUCAAAGAUGCGUGGCUUCUGGCACCUGAUGCAGGACAGAGUGUUCCUUCGUUGUGCAGUCCUCUUCCUUCUCUCCCCUGCACUUCGGCUCCAGUCAUCCGGGGCAGUCAAGAUCAGGAAGAACUGGGCAGAGGUUCAGCCGUUGGAGGGAAGUGUAGUGGCUGCUCUCAGUGCUCUAGUGGGUGCAUUGGUGGUCGUGAUCUACCAGAAACUGAGAAAACAGCUGUUCCAAAAGCUGUUCCAAAGUUGGAUCUUUUCUUACAUCGCCAUCAAGUUCAUCUGCAUGAGUGCGACAGUGGUGGUAGACAGUGUGACUGUGUUCGACCUAGUGCGCAACCAGUACUUCUACUUCCUGGGGGAUUUAGCUGACAGUGUGCAUCUAGCAUUCGGAUCCUGUAUCCUCAUGCAGCUGGCAGCCGAAAUACCCACAGAAGGAUUGGAGGCUCUGACAUUCAGCAUGUUCAUGAGCAAUUGGACAGUAAUGAGUAUUGUGGGAAGGAUGGCCGCCAAUCUUAUAUCAGCGCCUUUCAACGUCAUAGAAGAUGAGCGAUACUUCCGAGACGACAGCGAGGACAGAUUGAGAGUGUUCGGAUCUGUGUUUGCAGUAUUCAUUCUCAACAUAGUCUGUCUCCUAGCUGUUUUCUUCCUCUGUCCAAGAGAUAAAAGCCAUGUGCAUCAGUUGAAGAAGGAGUUGGGAAAAUCAAAGUUUCUUGCCAAAGUGUACUUGGUUGUGUUUGUAUUGAUGUAUUUGUUCAGCUUUGUCUAUCUGCUGCUGAUGAUGAACAGACAGUUCCAGUGUUGGAUAGUCUUGGGGGGCAACGGGUGCUAGUGAACCGUCACAAAAAGUGUAUACAUUUUGAUCAGUCAUGAGCUCGCAUGUUCUAUAUACUGCGUUAACUCAUGACAAAUAACAACUCGCAAAAUUUAAGAAAAGCAACAACUCGCAAAGUUUCGAAAGAUAGUUCGAAAGCUGUAUCGGCAGGUGGUGACCCCUUGUUCGGCUGCGUUAACAUGCGGCACGAGUCAUAUAGAGCGCCUUCGUCAUUUUUUGUGGAUUAUAUAGAUUUUUUUUGCAAUUAGAGAGAAAACGCUAGUUUUUGCUUUCUUUAAACAUUGUGAGUUGUGGUACGAUUUUCUAACUAGCUUGUUUUCUCUUUUGAGUUUUGGCAUCUUUUCCAUUUAUUCCCUCCAGCAAAUUAAUGCUCUCCAUUAUAAAAAAAAUUACUGUGUGCUGGGGCUAUAUUCAUAUUUUUACUAGGCCGGGGGGUUAUAAUGGGAAAGCGCCGGGGUUUGUAUCGAUCUAUUUAACUCUGAAGUCACUGUGCUAAUAUGUAAAAGGGCCAAACUUUGAAGUAUUGCUAUUAUAUUUGUUUCAUUGCAAAUGGAAUUGUGCUGCUGUGCAGAAUGAUGAUUGAAGAUGUACUUUUUAGAAUCUAUCUAUCCAUAUUUUUAGCUGCUAUGCUUUGUCAGUAAUGUGUAAAUAUUUGUAUUUGAAGAUGUUAUGUUUGUAGACUUGAAAAAAUAUUGCAAUUAAUGGUCACAAUUCACUCUUCUGAUAA